CUCUCUAAUUGCAUCCUCAGGGACUAUUGUCUUCCAAAUUUCUACGACUUGAAUCGCUUAAGAGAGAAUACAGUAUGUGCAGAUAAGAUAAGAAAGGUUAAGAUUUAAACUCCAUCACUCGUCGGAAGGCUUCCCGGGCCAGGGCGAGACCAUCAGGGCAUGGCAGUAGUGAUCAGGGCAUGACGCCAUUCCAUCCGGCCAUUCCACGCAGUCCAUGACGCCAUGUUCACGCAGUCAACAUCGAACUUCAUAUAUAAGUAAAUAUCGGUAUACCCUAUGAAAUGUUCUUCUCCUUGGCCUAAAUGAAGUAUCAUCGAGUUUCUGUCAGAGUCUAGUACAUAUAAAUUGAUUUCUCUCUCAUCACAAUGACCACCUCGGUAUUUCAGCUUAAGUGCGGGAUCAAGAAUGAUCCCUGGGGUAAGCAAGGUAAAAACUCAUUAGCUGGUGUACUCUGCUCCAAGACGCCUGGUACAAUUGAAGUGGAGGAUGAUCAGCAUUAUUCUGAGAUGUGGAUGGGCACAUAUCCCACCGUCCCAUCUCGUAUCCUUGCCACAGGUGAACUCCUAAGCGAAUACCUCCAAAAGCACCCCGAGGUCACGGGAGAAGGCUACAAGAAAUGGGGUACGGAGGUGCCUUUUCUCCCGAAGAUCCUCUCCUUCCAAAAAGCCCUUCCUCUCCAAAUCCACCCUGACAAAAAACUCGCCGAGAAACUCCAUGAAUCCCAGCCAGACAAAUACUCGGACCCGAAUCACAAGCCCGAAAUUGCCAUUGCCCUUUCCAACUUCGAGCUCUUCGUCGGCUUCAAGCCCCUACACGAGAUCGAAAACCUCUUCAAACUCGCCCCUCUCCAACGCUUCCUCCCCACAGAAACCAAUGCCCCUACCUUCGACGAUUCCCUCCUACGCGAAAUCUCCCGCAUCCUACUCACUCUUCCACCCAUACUGGUCUCCGAAACCAUCUCCUCCCUGCUCACCAUCCCAGAGGCCCAGUUCGGCCCGAACCAGCGAUACAUCCCUGGCCUACUGACUAGAUUGAAGAAGAUGUACCCUGAUACCGAUAACGGGAGUCUUGUCGCCACGAUCCUUAUGAAUUAUAUGACUCUUGGGCCUGGGGAGGCGGUUUGCGUACCUGCGGAUAGUAUGCAUGCGUAUCUUACCGGAGAUAUUAUGGAGUGUAUGGCUAGGUCGGAUAAUGUCAUAAAUACGGGGUUUUGUCCCAAGGCGGAGAGCGAUGAUGUGGAUUUGUUUACGGGGUCGUUGAGUUUCACACCGCAUGAUGUGGAUAGCGCUCUUUUGAGGGGGAAGAAAAGUGAUGUUGGGAAGUGUUGGAAGACGGAGGUUUAUGAGCCGCCGUUUUCAGAGUUCUCGGUGCUAGGGGUAAGGCUUGGGAAGGGGGAGAAGGAGGUGCAUAGGGCGGUUAAGGGGGUGAGUUUGUUAGUUGUUGUGAGGGGCAGUGGAUGGAUGGGUGUGGACGGUGAGAAGUUUGAGUUGAAGGAAGGGUGGGUUUAUUUUGUGGGUGCUGGGGUUGAGGUGAACUUUGAGACUGAGGGGGGGUUGUUGGUUUAUAGGCCUUUUGCGGAGUAGAUUUUCCGUUUUCUCUUCUCUUUGUUCCGUCAGUGAGAGUGGGAAUUGGGAGGUUGGUAUUUGUAUGAACGAUGGAGAUAUGUGUCUAUUUCAAGUCCGGCUAGCCCUACAGAAUUAGCUACAGAUAGGAUAUGCUAUUUUCGUACC